AUGACUGCUGCUUUAUUGGAUCACAAAAAGGCUUUAGAACAUUUAAAGACUUACAGUUCCAAAGAUGGUCUUUCUGUCCAGGAAUUGAUGGAUUCCUCGAUUAGAGGUGGUCUAACCUACAAUGAUUUCCUAGUUUUACCAGGUUUGGUAGACUUCCCAUCUUCUGCUGUCAGUUUACAAACCAAAUUGACCAAGAAGAUCACUUUGAACACCCCAUUUGUCUCUUCUCCCAUGGACACAGUCACUGAAGCAGAUAUGGCUAUCUAUAUGGCUUUGUUGGGUGGUAUAGGUUUCAUUCAUCACAACUGUACUCCAAAGGAACAGGCUUCCAUGGUUAAGAAAGUUAAGAUGUUUGAAAACGGUUUCAUCAAUUCUCCAAUUGUCAUUUCACCAACUACCACUGUUGGUGAGGUUAAAGCCAUGAAGAGAAAGUUCGGUUUCUCUGGUUUUCCAGUUACUGAAAAUGGUAAAUGUCCAGGUAAAUUAAUUGGGUUGGUCACAUCCCGUGAUAUUCAAUUUUUGGAAGAUGAAACAUUAACCGUUUCCGAAGUUAUGACCAAAAACCCAGUUACUGGUAUCAAAGGUAUUACUUUGAAAGAAGGUAAUGAAAUUCUAAAACAAACUAAAACGGGCAAAUUGCUAAUCGUUGACGAAGAGGGCAACUUGGUUUCCAUGUUGUCAAGAGCAGAUUUGAUGAAGAAUCAAAAUUACCCGCUGGCCUCCAAGAGUGCAACCACAAAGCAACUGCUAUGUGGUGCUGCCAUUGGUACUAUCGAUGCUGAUAAGGAAAGACUAAGUUUACUAGUUGAGGCUGGUUUGGAUGUCGUUAUCUUGGACUCAUCUCAAGGUAACUCUGUGUUCCAAUUGAACAUGAUCAGAUGGAUUAAAGAAACCUACCCAGGUUUGGAAAUCAUUGCUGGUAAUGUUGCCGACAGAGAACAAGCUGCUAACUUGAUUGCUGCUGGUGCCGAUGGUUUGAGAAUUGGUAUGGGUUCUGGUUCCAUUUGUAUAACUCAAGAAGUUAUGGCCUGCGGUAGACCACAAGGUACUGCUGUUUACAACGUUUGUGAAUUUGCAAACCAAUUCGGCGUUCCAUGUAUGGCUGAUGGUGGUGUUCAAAACAUAGGUCACAUCACCAAGGCUUUGGCUCUUGGUUCCUCCACCGUUAUGAUGGGUGGUAUGUUAGCUGGUACUACCGAAUCACCAGGAGAAUACUUCUUCAAAGAUGGUAAACGAUUGAAGGUUUACCGUGGUAUGGGGUCUAUCGAUGCUAUGCAAAAGACCGGUAACAAGGGUAAUGCCUCCACCUCUCGUUAUUUCUCUGAAUCUGACAGUGUCUUGGUUGCACAAGGUGUUUCUGGUGCUGUUAUUGAUAAGGGAUCCGUCAAGAAGUUUGUUCCAUACUUGUACAAUGGUUUGCAACAUUCUUGUCAGGAUAUUGGUUACGGUUCAUUGGACCUGUUAAAAGAGAACGUCCAAAAGGGUGAAGUCAGAUUUGAAUUUAGAACCGCUUCUGCUCAAUUAGAAGGUGGCGUUCAUAACUUGCACUCAUAUGAAAAACGUUUACACAAUUGA